AUGGGAAUGAGAGUUGAAGUGUCUGAAUGUGAACCAAGUGACGUUCUCAACGGUGCUCAUUGAAUCUCAACCAUGAGGUUACUCACAGCCUGUCCCUCUUUCUCCCUCGAACAAAAGAACGGCUCAAAUUGCUAAAUCGUUUCGGAAAAACCAAAAACUCAUUCAGUCUUCGCCCCCUAUAAUUCGUUCCACUUGCAUAACAUGUCUAUCAUACCAAAUGUUAGUUGUCGUUUUUCUCCAAACGACACAUCCUUAAAUAAAAAAUCAUUAAUUAAACAGUAAAAAUUAAUAAUAUCUCCGCUCUACGGUUCAUAGUCACACCAUUUCCAUCACAUAAUUAUAAGAGUCACAUUCUGAUUCUGAACCACACACUCUCAUUUGUUUCUAUCAAAGUGACACUCUCUCUCUCCCUCCCUCUCUCUCUCACACACACAAACAGAGUAAUGGCGUCUAUGGCUUCUAUCGGUGUUCUGAAAGUGCCGUCUUCUUCUUCUUCUUCGAAUGUGGGAAGGAAAGGCAUCACUCGCAGCUUCUCAUUCUCUGCUUCACAGCUCUGUGGAGACAAGAUUGCCACUGAUUCAGUUUCAGUGGCACAAAAAAGAGGAACUUGCAGCCGGAAGCCUGUGAUUGUAACUCCUAAGGCGGUUUCUGAUUCUCAGAACUCUCAAACGUGCCUUGAUCCCGAUGCUAGCAGAAGUGUGCUUGGCAUUAUACUUGGAGGUGGUGCCGGGACUCGUCUCUAUCCGCUGACCAAGAAGCGGGCAAAGCCAGCUGUUCCUCUUGGAGCUAACUAUAGGCUAAUUGAUAUUCCUGUAAGCAAUUGCCUUAAUAGCAACGUAUCCAAGAUCUAUGUACUUACCCAAUUCAAUUCCGCAUCCCUGAACCGGCAUCUUUCGCGUGCUUAUGCAAGCAACAUGGGUGGUUACAAAAAUGAGGGAUUUGUUGAGGUUCUUGCUGCCCAGCAGAGCCCUGAGAAUCCUAAUUGGUUCCAGGGUACUGCAGAUGCUGUGAGGCAAUAUUUGUGGCUUUUUGAAGAGCACAAUGUUUUGGAAUUCUUAGUUCUGGCUGGGGACCAUUUGUAUCGAAUGGAUUACGAGAAAUUUAUCCAAGCACAUAGGGAAACUGAUGCUGAUAUCACCGUGGCUGCAUUGCCAAUGGAUGAAAAGCGUGCCACUGCUUUUGGUCUGAUGAAGAUUGAUGAAGAGGGACGCAUAAUAGAAUUUGCUGAAAAGCCCAAAGGCGAACAGUUGAAAGCUAUGAAAGUUGAUACUACUAUUUUGGGUCUUGAUGAUGAGAGAGCAAAGGAAAUGCCUUAUAUUGCUAGCAUGGGUAUAUAUGUUGUAAGCAAAGAUGUGAUGUUAGACCUGCUCCGUGAGAAGUUUCCUGGUGCAAAUGACUUUGGGAGUGAAGUGAUUCCUGGUGCAACUUCUAUUGGAAUGAGAGUGCAAGCUUACUUGUACGAUGGCUACUGGGAAGACAUUGGUACAAUUGAGGCUUUCUAUAAUGCAAAUCUGGGAAUCACCAAAAAGCCUGUGCCUGACUUCAGUUUCUAUGAUCGUUCAUCUCCAAUCUACACCCAACCACGAUAUUUGCCUCCAUCUAAAAUGCUUGAUGCUGAUGUCACCGAUAGUGUUAUUGGUGAGGGAUGUGUAAUUAAGAACUGCAAAAUUCACCAUUCUGUGGUUGGGCUGCGAUCUUGCAUAUCAGAAGGUGCAAUUAUUGAAGAUACUUUGUUAAUGGGGGCAGAUUAUUACGAGACUGAUGCUGAUAAGAGGUUUCUAGCUGCUAAAGGCAGUGUUCCAAUUGGUAUUGGCAGGAACUCUCAUAUCAAAAGGGCAAUUAUUGACAAGAAUGCUCGAAUUGGGGAAAAUGUUAAGAUCAUUAACGGUGACAAUGUCCAAGAAGCAGCAAGGGAAACUGAUGGGUAUUUCAUAAAAAGUGGGAUAGUCACAGUAAUCAAGGAUGCGUUAAUUCCUAGUGGAACUGUUAUCUAAAGAGUGACUGGGGGAGCUCAUUUUCACAACUAGAGGAUUCAUAAAGUUCUGCUUCCACCCACAAGAAAGGAUUACAUGUCCAAGUUCUGCUUCGUGAUAUAUAUUUUUGGCCAGUGGCUUGUAAAUAAUAACGGAAGAGAGGACCCUCUUUGACUAGUCACGCUGUAAAGUUCAUUUUAAUCAAUUGAAUAAGAAAGCUCUUUAUUUCCUAGUACAUGCAUGUUCUAUUACAUAUUGCAAAGUAGAUCGUUAACACUUAAAGCUUAUAUCUUCCAAAAAAUAGCAAAUGAUAUGAAUCUCCAUGUUGAAAGGAAGAAUUGAAAUGAUAUUGUGAGAAAAGAUUUGAUGAAGGGCACCAUAAUAACACUGUUCUAGCCUAUUUAUAUAAGUAAACACAGCAAAUGAUGUGUCAUGAACCAAAAUAUUCAGGAUUAGAUUCAAUUUAUACAAGAAAGUAAUGCGAAGGAAUUCUUGUUU